ACGGGCUCUUCCUACAAAUUCUAAAAAUAGACAAACAAUGGAUAAUUUGCACACCUGCUUGUGUCUUCCCUCAAUAACUGACCCAUUUCAAUACACUGACCAGUGUCACAUGCACAUUACUGUACAAUUAUGAGCAAUUUACUUCUUUUCUUAAUAUUUUUCACAAUUUUUGCGAAUUUUGAAGCCAGAAUUCUUCAUAGGCCUAGAGACUUCCGAUGCGGUCGGCUUAUAGUUUUUGGUGACAGCCUGUCGGAUGAUGGAGUUGAAGCCGAGGGAGAAAGUCAUGGCUUCCUGAGAAAUUGUAAUGGAAAAGUUUGGCCCGAGUAUGUGAAUGCGAUGCUUGAAUGUGAUAGGUACGUCAACUACGCGUACAGCGGCGCCAAAUCAGGACCCGGGAACUUCUACUUCGAUUCAUUUUCUGGAAUCCAAUGGCAAAUAAAUCAAUUUUUGUCGAAUAACAAAUUUCUUUCCGAUGAUCCCUUGGUUAUUCUGCAAACCGGCGGAACUAUUGAUUUUUUCGGCGGCGAUACAAAUUCCACGGAGGUUGUGGAGAAUAUUCAGCAAACUAUCCAGAAUAUUACCCAGACGAUGUCAACUGGAACCUUGGUUAUUUUAUCGCUUCUGGAUGUUUCCAAUAGUCCAGGUGUGCAGGCAGCUGAAGAUUCAGACAUCCUUCAAGAACGGCUGGGACAUUUGAUCGCCGAGACUAAUCGGCAACUCCACCACAUCGUCCUGGACAGUGACCUGGGCACCCGUCGCCUCAACCCAUUUCUUCGUGUCCGAUUAAUCGAUAUUAAUACAGUCGCGUUGGCAGCUAUGCAAUCAUUGAACACUACCGAACCAUUUACUCAUCAUUCACCGGAUCUCAUUCCCCAAGCAAUCUACAAAUAUGCCUACCAUGACCUCUGGAAUCCGUCGACAAUUGUCCACUACCACAUUGCAAAGGAAAUCGUUCGAAAUCUUCAACAAUUCUAGACUAUUGAUAUUGACUAUUACACCAGUUUUCUGUAUAUUUCUUAAAAUAAAGACAUGUUGGAAAACCCA